CUCCCACGGAUUUAUUUAUCUCUGCCCCUCAACUCCGCCUAUAAGCUGCGCCGCGUCCUGUGCUCACGAUGAAGCGACCUUGCGAGGAAACUACCUCAGACAGCGACAUGGACGAGACUAUAGACGUGGGGAGUGAGAACAACUACUCGGGGCAAAGUAAUAGCUCUGUCAUUCGAUCGAAUUCCCCAACAACAACAUCUCAGAUUAUGGCCAGAAAGAAAAGAAGAGGGAUUAUAGAGAAAAGGCGCCGUGAUCGUAUAAAUAACAGUUUAUCAGAGCUGAGGCGGCUUGUGCCAACUGCUUUUGAAAAACAAGGAUCUGCCAAAUUAGAAAAAGCAGAAAUACUGCAAAUGACAGUGGAUCAUCUGAAGAUGCUGCAGGCAACGGGAGGUAAAGGUUAUUUUGACGCUCAUUCCCUGGCCAUGGAUUUCAUGAGCAUCGGCUUCCGGGAGUGCUUGACAGAAGUCGCGAGGUACCUGACUUCGGUGGAAGGUCUUGACACGUCUGACCCCCUGCGCGUUAGACUCGUGUCUCAUCUGAGCACCUGUGCCUCUCAGAGG